GAGUUCAUUCCCUGUGACGGCGAAAUACAAUGACCUGGUCGUGUUGCAGCACCGCCCAGUACGUCAAGCUCAACCACGUCAACAUCUGCUUCACCCAGUGGCACCCCUUCUGCUGGGGGAGCAUUGUCUGGCUCAUCCAGCAAUGCGGGUCCCAUUACAGGUGGUGUGGUAGGAGGGGUAGCUGGACUGGCAAUCAUCGCUCUUAUCCUGUGGCUCUUUGUCUUCCGCAAUUGGGAUCGCAGAACGAGUGCACGGGAUAUGAAUGGCGGACAUGGACCGGUCAACUACGAGCCGAAGGAUGUCCCAGAUCUUUCUGGAAACCCAGCCGCGCCUUUCAUUCUGGGGACGCAACCGCACGUGUAUAUGCCCAAUCAGGCCAUGGCUAACCGGCAGGGAUACACAUAUCAGGCUGUAUACCAGCCAGCAGUCACAUUAAGCUCAUCAGACCCGUCGACAUCCGUCCCAAAUGAAUACGACGCUCAUGCGGCCCAAAUCGCCGCCGUUGCAGCAGCAUUACCACCGAGGAAGGGAGCACCAAACAUGGCUGCUGCCCCAGUCAUGCGUUCAGAACAGCCAGUGUCUCCUUCGGUUUAUCCCGCAAGCUCCGACGUCAGCGCACCUAGCUCUGGCAAUGCGACCAUAACCAUUUCUCCUCGUAGGGAGCAAGACGCCGGGUUCUUGCAGGGCGACGAACUCGAACCUCCUACACUUCCUCCUGACUACGAUGCUGCUACUCUCCGGCGGCGCGCUGGUCAACCGUAGCUGGAAAUGACCUGAUAUUGCACAAUAUUGUGAAUCACGCUCAUCUUUUACCCUCUGAGGACUCCUGGUCGAUUAUACUAUAUUAUU